AACAAAAUGUCAGUACUCUGUUCAUUCCUUUCCAUUCAAAAUAUAAGGCUCAAGGUAAAUUCAAGUCAGUCAAUUCGCGCCUGAGAGAGUUGGAAAUACAUAACUAGAGUUUACAGAAGUUACCUGAUAUUAUGGAAGGUAGAUUCAGAAUAUUUCCCGCUUUCUUGGUCUUAAUAUUCCUGCUAUCCAGUGUUAAUGCUAUGUAUUUUCUGGAGUCAGUAUACUGUCCAACUGAGGGUUUACCGACAUGGAAAGUACCAACAAAAAAAACGCCCUUAAAGGAUAUAUGCAACUUUAUAGUUAGUGUAGGUACGCCUAUGAUAGCCGGUCCGAACACGUCCUCUGUUACAAAUGACAACAACAAUUAUGAGAUCGCCAUCUAUCUAUCCCUCCUGGAUGACGUAACAAAUCCCAGAAGCAACGCUACGAAACUUGGAACAAUACCUAUUGAAUCUAGUCAGUUUGAAUCAAAAUACUCUGUUCAAGUUACACUUGACAACAUCUCAGUUCCUCCAGUUGAAUUCUGUGGAGAUGUAUUCUUGGUGGCUGAUCUCCAGGAAACCAAGGAAAGUAAAACAGAAAGCACCAGUUGUAUGAGCUCCAAGAUUCAGGUUGCGUGUCUGAACGAAGAGGAUGUUGAUCUCAUGUUAAUGGUCCAGUCAGCCAAUGGAUCAGCCAUAGAAUUCACAGACUACGACAAUUUUUGGUCCAAUGCUUACAGCUUUCCACUUUACGAACUGGAUAAACCGAUCACGAACCAAAUUCCUGGUGGGCUCAAGAUUAUGGUGAAAAACAAUGGAAGAUCUUUAUUUCGUCAAAGAACUUGCAUGAAGACAUUGCAGGUUUGGGCCUUUCUUCGUGCCUAUAACAACGAUAAAAUGCUAACACUAGGUGUUGAACAAGAUGACAUUAAAUCACUACAAUACAGCAUUGGAGAUAUCAUUCUUCACAAGGGUAAUCGUCUAGUAAACACCUUUGGGGAUAUUUUGACUGAUGCCAUCCCACCGGGAGAGACAGUGGAACUAGACAUGACUCAACUUGUCCUGUUCAGUGACCAAAAACCCCAUCCCUCCUAUCAGUCUUAUCUCAUCAUCGCCCUGGACCCUCUAAAUUCUUUGAUGGAAGCUAAUAGAAAAAAUAAUUAUUUUGUCCUACCAAUGAUAGUGAAGUGUUGUAACCAAUACGACCCAUACUGUGAAGUGAAAUGGGAUUUCUGGAAAGGUGGAAACACGGCUUGGAUUACCUACAAACCUAGCUAUACGACAGAUGUAACAAUAUACGAGUACUUGCGUGAAGACAAAUCAGUUAAGAAGGUCCGAAAAUCUGAUGUAAUGAAAGAUAUGAACCAGUUGAUAUGGCUAGAACGAGUGACCGAAGUUCUGGCUGACAUAAUGGAGCAGCAGGGGCAAUGUGAAAUUGAUAUUAUGGCUAAUGAAGAACCUCUUCUUCUAAGAAUCGGAAAUUUGGCAUUACAGCUGAAACAAGCCUUUAUGAGUUCCAUGAAAGAUGACAUGUCAGAGUGGCAACAAUCUCAGUUGAAAAUGAUGUCCAUCCUGGCAUCAGGAAUUAAUCGGAUAAUAGAAGAAGUAGUUUUACCAGAAGGGUCUCUUCAUAAAUAUCUUUACGAGAUCAUCAACAUGCAUCAGCCCAGAGGUCGAAUGAACCAUUAUGGGAAACCAGAUGGGAUGAUGAGCAACAAUUAUGAACCAAAGAACAGUUGGUCUAGCAUGAGUUAUCAUACAACUACACAAAGUAGCUAUUCAGAUAAUUUCACACGCAUGUACUCAACAGAAAAGGCCUCAUCUACGCAACCAAGCCCCGAUGAUGAAUACUCACCUUUUGAAAUGAUAAGAAAUGGAUUGAAAGCUAUGAUAUAUACUUCUACACCAAUUCCUUAUCUGCCCAAAGGCCUGAGAAACAUCAUUCAACGACUGAUGUUGGGAAGUGUAGAAGAAGCUAGGGGUUUGAACCCAGCAUUGCCUUAUGACUUCUUAAUGGAAGUGAAAAAAGCAAUAGAAAUUCUUCUAUCAGAAAAUGGUCCUGAUUCAGAACUCUUAAUGCCUAUUGGUCACACUCUUCAACCAAAUGACCUGGACAUUAGUUCUGAGGGGGAGAUGAAAGUUAUAUACAAAAUAAAGGAUUUAUUAGCAACAGUUCAGAAAGACUUAAAGAAUGCCACUGCCGGGAGCAGAGAAGAAGAAAUGCUAGAAAUCUGGGAAGCAACACUUGAAAAUUCUCUGGCUAGUAAUUUCUGGUAUGACUGGUACCAAGUUGCAAAAGAACAUCGGAAGAUCACUAUCAUGAAUGAUUCAUGGAUGUUGAUAGAAGGAAAAAUUGGAGAGUUUCCCGAGGACAAGAAGUGUCACAUGAUUGCUCUGGAAAAGCUUAUGGAAUUAAAAGGAUUUUAUGAAUCUCCAUUAAAGAUGAUCAAGAAAACAUUUUAUAAAGCUGAAAACAAUGCUGUUCUCCGUGGUGACAGAGACCCAGUGACCGGAAAGUUGUUCUGGACCAAGAUCAUGCUGUGCUCUUGUUCUGACUACUAUCGAUGCAACAAAUACCAUAGUUACAAUCCUAGUAACACCUACUACUCCUCUUCAUAUUACUCUCAUAGCUAUCCAUCUAGUAACACCUACUACUCCUCUUCAUAUUACUCUCAUAGCUAUCCACCUUAUAAGUAACACUCCUAUUCCUCAUGUUUGAUUUUCUUACUCUACUCCUGUCUAAAUAAAUGGAUUAUGUUUUUACUAAAUUUCUGGUUACUUCUCUAAUUCAGCUUCUUACUAUAAACCUGGCUCUGCUUACAGCUUAUUUAUUUACUAAUCCUUUCCUGAAUAUAUAGUUAUUCUGAACUACAUUCAAGAAAUACAGAUCAAGAAUUAGAGUGAAAUAUAAAUCUAUACUUAGAUUAAGCUUAAUCAUGAAUAAUGUGUGUGAAACAGAAUUGUGCCACAAUCAGUCAUUUUUAAAGUACACUGCAUAUCCCAAUCCAAGUACACCUUUGCUCAGUUCAGAUAGAUUUAUAUAUCAAGGCCUAAUCUACACUGAGAUCAAGCAAUGCCAUUUGACAGUAGCAUGCUUAAGGAACUUUAUUCUGACCUUAACUUUCAUGUGAAAAGAAGUUAUUGGAAUGAAAUUCAAUGUAGUAACUGUACCUUAUUUAGGUAAUUUCAGAAAAAGUAAAACACAAAAGAAUCAGGUUUAACUGAUUUUUAUGAGCUUUUUUAUAUACUAGUUUGCCAUCAGCUUGGUCCUUGAUUUAUCACAAUUUAAUAUAAACAUCAAUUUUAUUAAUAUUUUUGUAUUAGAAAUAUUUGAUACUUAAAAAUAGAAUUUCAUCUUAAAAAAUAUUCUGAAAAAAUAAUUAGCUUAUACUACGUAUAUACACAGAUUCAGUUAUUAUACCUACUUAUUCCUUAAACCCUGAUAGCUAAACCUAAUCUGUUAACUUGUGUGACUAUGUCUUUCUAUUGAAUAUAGUGCAUCUCAGUUUGAGACUUAAAUGAGAAGUUUGAAUAAUAAUUUUACUCGAGUGAUAAAUCAUAUUUAAAAAAGUGUUGUUGGUGUGUAUCAUUAUAUUUUUAUGAUAAGAAUUGCCUUUAUCACAAAAUAAUGUGAUAUAAUUUAAAUAAGACAGUAUGAAAAAAGACAUUACAGAACUGGCAAAAAGUAGCAUGAGCACCUACAUUCUGUUUACAUCCUCUAUCAAAUAAGAAUUGAAACAAAACAUAAGGAAGAAAAAUAAUCUAAUAAUGAUUGUUACAUUCAAUAUACAAAACUUUGAAACCUUUUUUAAGAAAGGAACAAAAUCAAAUACUUGUCAUUAAACAAUCGGUUAUAUGAAAUUUUGAAAUCUCAUUCAAAAGGAAUAAAGAAUCUAAUAAUUACUGUUACACACUGAACAUGAAAUUUUUAAGACUCAUUGAAAAGAAAAAAAAAUCUAAUAAUUAUUGUUACACAUUAAACUUAAAAUUUUGAAAUCUCAUUCAAAAGGAACAAAAUCUAAUAAUUAUUGUUACACAUUGAACAUAAAAUUUUGAAAUCUCAAUCAAAAGGAACAAAGAAUCUAAUAAUUAUUGUUACACAUUAAACAUAUGUGAAAUGUUGAAACCUCAUACUGUUCAUACAUAAGAGGACUUUAGUCAGUUCAGUGUUACAAUAAAAAUUGUUCUUUUAAAAACACCCAAUAGCCUUAAUAUUUUUUUAAUGCAAGGUCUAAUAAGCUCAUUAAAUACACUUGAUUAUAAAUUCAGUUAUAAUAACUUUAACAAGGUUUACUGUUCAAUAUUUAAAGUAGUAUGCAAUAGUUUGCUGUGUAUGUACAUCUUCAGAGUGGCUAUGGCUUGUAUUUGAGUAAAAUACUGCAAAAAAUCACCAUUAUUCUAUUUAAUGUCAUAUACUACUGAUUUUACUACUAAUGUUUAAUGUUUUACACUGUGUGACUUUUCAACUAGUAUAAAAGUAAAAUAUAUAUCAAAAACGUUUAUAUUUAUUGAAAUGAAUUCUUAAGGUUGUAAUUUUUGAGUAUAUUCUUGAUUUUAUAGUAAGUGUUAUUAAUCUCAUCUGUAUGUUUUUGUUUCUCAUCCAUGUUUUGACCAAAUCUUUAACGUUUUAACAGUGUAAUAACUAAUAAAUGAAUUAAAGCAUGA